AUGCAAGGACUAGGGAUUCGGCAGCAAAUGCGCGGAGCCGAAACUAGCUCAUGGAUGAAGCAGCUCGCGAGCUCUUCCCGGCAAGGUCGCCACGGCCACGCCCUCCACCUCUUUUUCACCCGCCUGAGCCUCCAAGCCAGCAUCGGCGGCACGGUUGAUCCCUACCCUGCUUCCGUGCCCACCGCUCUACGCGCCUGCGCACACCUCGCCGAUUCCGGCCGCCUCAUCCACGCGCUCGUGCUCACACGCCCCGCCCUCGCCUCGGACAAAGUCAUCGCGACCGCGCUGCUCGACAUGUACGCCAAGUGCGGCCUCAUUCCAAGCGCCCGCAAGGUGUUCGACGAAACGCCGGCGAGGGACCUCGUCGUCUGGAAUGCGCUGCUCGCGGGCUACGCGCGGCACGGGCUUCCAGAGCACGCGCUGGCGCUGGCUGUCAAGAUGCGGGGCCUCGGCCUGAGCCCCGAUCUGGUCACCUGGAAUGCUGCCGUGUCGGGCUUUGCCAUGGCCGGCGAUGGCAGAAUGGCCAGCGAUUUGGUCGGCGCCAUGCAAGAGGAGGGGUUCCAGCCAGAUGUGGUGACAUGGACAUCGCUCGUCUCUGGCUCGGUGCUGAACUUCCAGUAUGGGAGAGCGCGAACCCUGUUCCGGGAAAUGGUGGCCGGUGGCGCCCGUGUCCUGCCAAGCUCGGCCACGAUUAGUAGCAUCUUGCCAGCAUUUGCCGGAGUCGGUGACACAAAGCAUGGGAAGGAGGUCCACGGCUACGCUGUCGUGACCGGUGUCGAGCAGGAGCUCACGGUGAGCAGCGCGCUCGUCGACAUGUUCGCCAAGUCCGGGCUUGUGCACGAGGCGUGCCGCUUGUUCGACAAAAUGUCAGAAAGGAGCACCGUGACAUGGAAUUCCAUGAUCUUCGGGCUGGCGAAUUCCGGCCACUGCCGGGAAGCAGUCAGCCUCUUCGACCGGAUGCUGGACGAAGAAGCGACGCCGGACCACCUGACGUUCACGGCCGUUCUGACAGCUUGUGGCUACGGUGGCAUGGUCGAGACCGGGAAGGCCCUGUACCAGCGCAUGCAAGAGGAGCACGGCAUCGUGGCGAGGCUGGAGCACUACGCCUGCAUGGUGCAUUUGCUUGGCCGAGCCGGGAGGCUCGUCGAGGCUCACGAUUUCAUCAGGGCGAUGCCCAUCGAGCCCGACUGCUUCGUCUGGGGGGCGCUGCUCGGUGCCUGCCGGAGCCACGGGAACGUCGAGCUCGCGGAGCUGGCGGCGUCCCGCGUGCGCACCGUCGAGCCAGAAAACGCCGCGAGCUACGUGCUGCUCUCGGGAGCGCUGGCAGAUGCCGGCAAGCAGAACGACGUUUUCAAGAUCAAAAGGUUGGUGAAGAGACGGCGGCUGAAGAGGCUUGACGGUUGCAGCUGGCUAGAGACGUCCUAG